AUGCCUCACUCUCAGCAUGAAGAGGAUGCCUCCGCAGCGAUGGGUGGUGCUCCCAUACCGGUGACGCUUGUUACCGACUCUCUCGAGAAGCCUUCCCUCGACGAUCGCGACUAUCGAGUCAUUCGUCUUGGCAAUGAGCUCGAGGCUCUCCUGGUGCAUGACCCCGAGACCGAUAAGGCCAGCGCUGCUCUGGAUGUCAAUGUGGGAAACUUCAGCGACGAGUCUGAUAUCCCCGGGAUGGCCCAUGCGGUUGAACAUGUCGAGAAGAAGGAGGUGGCCGGGCCGGCACUGAACCCCCGGGUUCUUCGCAAUGAUAGCAUUGCCAGGACAUGGUGGAAGAAGGACGAUACCUUCUGGGUUCCUCGCGCCAAUGUUAUUGUCAGCUUGAAGACACCCCUCAUAUACGCUUCGGCAGAAAACAACGUCAAAGCUCGACUAUUCUCAGACCUCGUCCGUGAUGCACUCGAGGAGUACUCGUACGACGCGGAGCUGGCUGGCUUGCAGUACAACGUCAGUCUCGAUUCGCGCGGUCUGUUCUUGGACGUUAGCGGCUACAAUGAUAAGCUUCCCGUGCUCUUGGAACAGGUCGUCACCACAAUGCGAGACCUGGAUAUCAAGGAAGAUCGUUUUGAGAUUGUCAGGGAGCGCUUGAUCCGAGGAUACAGCAACUGGCAGCUGCAAUCAUCCUAUCACCAGGUUGGCGAUUACACUAAUUGGCUCAAUGCCCCCGAACGGGACUUUAUAGUGGAGGAGCUCGCAGCAGAGCUUCCAAGUGUCACAUUGGAAGGUGUCAGGCUAUUCCAGAAGCAGAUGCUUGGCCAGGUCUUCAUCGAAGUGUACGUACAUGGUAACAUGUACAAAGAGGAUGCUCUCAAAGCAACCGAUAUGGUUGAGUCUAUCCUGAAACCACGGGUUUUGCCCAAGGCCCAGUGGCCCAUUCUGCGGUCACUCAUUCUGACAAAAGGUUCCAACUACGUUUUCAGAAAGACUCUCAAGGACCCUGCCAACGUUAAUCACUGUGUUGAGACUUGGUUUUAUGUCGGUAGCAGAGAAGAUCGCGACAUUCGGACCAAGACUCUCCUUUUAGACCAGAUGCUCCAUGAGCCAGCCUUUGAUCAGCUCCGGACUAAGGAGCAACUCGGCUACAUCGUUUUCAGUGGACCUCGAGCUUUCUCGACGACUUAUGGCUUCCGCUUCCUCAUCCAGAGCGAAAUGACACCAGAGUUCCUUGACUCGCGUAUCGAAGCCUUCCUCAUGAGAUAUGCAGACACUCUGGAGAAGAUGAGCGAGACAGAAUUCGAGGGCCACAAGCGAAGUCUGAUCGUCCGGCGUCUAGAGAAGCUCAGAAACCUGGACCAGGAGUCCACUCGUCAUUGGAACCAGAUCACAAACGAAUACUAUGACUUCGAGCUUGCCCAGCGCGAUGCCGCACAGAUUAAGCUCCUGACCAAACCUGAGGUCAUCGAUUUCUUCAACCAGCGCCUCAACCCUGCCUCCAGUCACAGGACACGGUUAUCAAUUCAUCUUCAGGCUCAAGGCAAGGCUGAAGGGGUCGACAAGCGACAGGAAGAGGCUCAGAAGAAGGCCGACGAGGAGCCCUCCCCUGGAGAUGCUGUAAAGACGGCCGAAGAAAUCACUGAUGUCAGGCUUUACAAGGCCGGCCUUGCCGCAAGUUCAGGGGCCAGACCCAUCAAAGACAUCAACGAGUAUGAGGAUACGGAUGCAAAGUUGUAG